AUGUGGGCCAGUGGCUCCCCAUCGUACUACUCUGGGUUCGCCAGUAGGCCAGCGCCUCUGCUCAGGGACAGACCCGCGAAAAAUGUUGAUAAAACUUGUGUCUCCCAACGCGGCCAGACCUCUGACGCUCCAGGUACUAUCACGGGCCUCGCCGAACUCUAUCUGCCAGCUGCCGAGGCUCCUCCCUCUCCAGAAAGCCUUCGUCAACUAAACGCCGAGAUGAGAAUGGCUACCAACCUGCGUCGUGGCUACGGCCACAAGCUGGGCUCAUCCUCCUCGUCUGUACUCUCCUUUGGUGGUGACCUCGACCAGGUAUUGGACAACAUGGACAUGGUCCGCCGCUCAUCCUUUACAUCAACCGAGAGCACUCACCUAUCCAGAGAUGCUUCCGAAGCAUUCCAGCACUUUUCCAAGAAUCUUUUCCACCGUCGUGCCAGGUCCAAGCAGGAGAGCACUUCGUCUGGCAGCUCUCUAUAUUCAGCAGAAGUCCCCUCCGACCCGGCAGGCGCAAUGAAGGACUCCGUCAUCCCCAAGCUCUUUACAAGAAGAAAGCCGUCCCGCGAUGAGCCUGCCACUCUGCACAAACGCUUUCAGAUUUCCGAUCCCUUUAACUUUCAACAUGUCACUCACACAAAUCGUGACACAGUGGAGGACGUCCUGGCUCUCGAAGACGACCAAUUAGACCCCAGUCGCUUCAGAGGCCGACCCAGAGCCGCAACUGGUGUUUCUCAGCACACUUACACCAACGUGUUGGCGGAAACCGUGGCCGAGCAUGAAACUCGGACCGAUAUCCUUCCUCCCAGACCCAGACUUGCUGCCCGUCACACUGGCAGCUUUCAGACCAUGCGCCGCUUCAUCAAAUCAGGCAAAGUGGCAGACCUUCCCGUACCGAUACCAACAUCCGCUCCAGCCAACCGACAGCCACCGCAACGCCCCCCCAGAUCUCCUCCUGUCUCGCCCGAAUCUUCAUCUCCUCCCGUGCCCCCUCGAGUAUCAAGCCGUCAAAGGUUCUAUUCCACCGCGAUUGAAACGAGAACGAGCUAUUUCGCGGAGCGUCCCGUCAAUGCCGGAAACUUCCAACGCCCUCGGCCGUUUACACCAUCGAGCCCCACGCCAGCUUGCGAAGCAUUUACACCACCAACUGAUUUCUCAUCAAUUCCCCAGGAAGGGCUGCUGGGCCGUCCCCGAACCGCUACGCCGGAGCCAGCGUGGCCCCUGGCUAGCCCUACGAUCGCCAGCUUCGAGGCACCGCUCCCGGAUCUCAUCGAGGAUGACGGCCACACGAGCUGGUCAUCGGUUGCCCACACCAACCGCAACAGCACCAACGCGUCUCUUCGUGGCAGCAGGUCGGUCCCCACGCUGGCAAAGCUAGCGGAAGAACAGGGCGCAGCCGUGGCAAAUGAAAAGUUUAUUGAGCCGAGCGCAUGGUCUGCGCAGAUGAAGAUGGCGCUGGAAGAAUCAGUGGACGACAGUCCCACACUUGGCCGCGCCAGCUGGGAGGACGAUAUUGACUAUUGCUACGAGCACGAGGCCGAGGCUGACUGCGAUUACCAAUGGGAACGUCCCUCCAUGGACGUCUCUCCUGCCGGCAGGAUGUACGCUGCGUCGCAGAGCUUCUCGGCCCUGGACGAUGCUCUCCUCAAGUCCUCUGCCAAGCGGUCUCACGGUAUGCCUUCCGCGUCUGGUAUCGAGGUGCCGGAGCUAAGCCCUGCCAGCCAAACUUCGGCCGUCCUAGGUCACGAAGCCAUCACCCCCCUCACAUGUGACACCGCCGCCGACGCUCAGUUUCGCCACAAGAACACUGAGCUCAUCGUGGCCGGCCACCUUCACGGCGCACUCACGUCCCAGUUCUCGCCGUCGCUGCUCGUCCCGCACGACUACCAGCGCGAGUCGGACAGCUUCAUGGCCAGCGGUCUCAAGUCAGCGUCGCUCGCGCUCCAGCGCUCCAGCACGGCCACCACCGCGAGCAACUUCACCUCCAGCACGGAUUCCAUCGGCGAGCGCCACACAUCCACCAACUCGAGCUGGACGGCACUCACGCGCCACACGGCGAGCACGUCGUCUCUCAACAAGCUUGGCAUGUCCUGGGUCGAUGAGGCCGCCGAGCCAGUGCCCGUCCUCACGGCCCCAGCCGAGGCCGAAGAAGAACCCACGGCCCACGGGGAGACGACUCCGCCUACAACGUCCGAGGACGUUGUACCUGAGCUUGUUAUGGCCCUCCCGCCGGCCGGUCGGCGAUUCACCCUGCACAAAAGCCACGCUAGCGAGUCGGUCGUCUGCAACAGCGUCACUCCGAUGGACGCCCAGCCGCUGCCCAAGUCGCGCCGGCCUCGUGCCCGUACCUCGAGCCUUAGCCAGGCGCCGCCUAUUGGCCAGUACGCCCUGUUCCCACGCAGCAGCAUCAAGACGCAUGGUGACAAGAUCUAA